CGAGAGCGGCGAGGCGGCUGGUGUGAGCUAGAGCGGUGGCCUCCGUGCGGGUCGCUUCGGUGCCGCUGUCCGCUGCGCUGCCUCCGCCCUCGCCGCGCGCCACCGACUGCGGGACCCUGAAGAGCUCCCAGCGCCCCUUACGGGGCAGAAGAGUCGAGACUAGUGGAGCCGGCGCUGAGGGAGGAGCCGGGUCGGAGCUGCCGAGCCCAAGGCCCCCGGGCGUGGAGGUGGGGGGCUGAGGCCCCCGAGGGGGCCCCGCCGCGAUGGGCAACCUGGAGAGCGCCGAGGGGGGCCCGGGGGAGCCGCCUUCAGUCUCGCUGCUGCCGCCGCCCGGCAAGAUGCCGAUGCCUGAGCCCUGUGAACUGGAAGAGAGGUUCGCCCUGGUGCUGAGCUCCAUGAACCUGCCUCCUGACAAGGCCCGGCUCCUGCGGCAGUAUGACAAUGAGAAGAAGUGGGAUCUGAUCUGUGACCAGGAACGGUUCCAGGUGAAGAAUCCUCCCCAUACCUACAUCCAGAAACUCCAGAGCUUCUUGGACCCCAGUGUAACUCGGAAGAAGUUCAGGAGGAGAGUGCAGGAGUCAACCAAAGUACUGAGGGAGCUGGAGAUCUCACUUCGUACCAACCACAUUGGGUGGGUACGGGAGUUUCUGAAUGAUGAGAACAAAGGCCUGGAUGUGCUGGUGGAUUACCUGUCCUUUGCCCAAUGUUCUGUCAUGUUUGACUUUGAGGGUCUGGAGAGUGGUGACGAUGGUGCAUUUGACAAGCUCCGGUCCUGGAGCAGGUCCAUCGAGGACCUGCAGCCACCCAGCGCCCUGUCAGCCCCCUUCACCAACAGCCUCGCUCGCUCUGCACGCCAGUCUGUGCUCCGGUAUAGCACCCUCCCUGGGCGCAGGGCUCUGAAGAACUCCCGCCUGGUGAGCCAGAAGGAUGAUGUCCACGUCUGUAUCCUCUGUCUCAGAGCCAUCAUGAACUAUCAGUACGGAUUCAACCUGGUCAUGUCCCACCCCCACGCUGUCAAUGAGAUUGCACUCAGUCUCAACAACAAAAAUCCAAGGACCAAAGCCCUUGUCUUGGAGCUCUUGGCAGCUGUGUGUUUGGUGCGGGGAGGUCACGAAAUCAUUCUUGCUGCCUUUGACAAUUUCAAAGAGGUAUGCAAGGAGCUGCACCGCUUUGAGAAGCUGAUGGAGUAUUUCCGGAAUGAGGAUAGCAACAUCGACUUCAUGGUGGCCUGCAUGCAAUUUAUCAACAUCGUGGUGCACUCAGUAGAGGAUAUGAACUUCCGGGUCCACCUGCAGUAUGAGUUUACCAAGCUGGGGCUGGAGGAGUUCCUGCAGAAGUCAAGGCACACAGAGAGCGAGAAGCUGCAGGUGCAGAUCCAGGCAUACCUGGACAAUGUGUUUGAUGUUGGAGGUUUGUUGGAGGAUGCUGAGACCAAGAAUGUGGCGCUGGAGAAGGUGGAGGAGCUGGAAGAGCAUGUUUCCCAUCUCACAGAGAAGCUUCUGGACCUGGAGAAUGAGAACAUGAUGCGUGUGGCAGAGCUAGAGAAGCAGUUGCUGCAGCGGGAAAAGGAACUAGAAAGCAUCAAGGAGACUUAUGAGAACACGAGCCACCAGGUACACACGCUGCGGCGGCUCAUUAAAGAGAAGGAGGAGGCCUUCCAGCGCAGAUGCCACUUGGAGCCUGGGGCCCGGGGCCUGGAGUCCGUGGGCAGCGAGGCCCUGGCCCGGGUAGGCCCUGCAGAGCUGAGUGAGGGCAUGCUGCCCUCCGACCUGGACCUCCUGGCUCCAGCCCCACCGCCCGAGGAGGCCCUGCCUCUGCCUCCGCCACCUGCUCCUCCCCUGCCCCCUCCACCACCCCCAUUACCAGACAAAUGUCCCCCAGCCCCACCUCUCCCUGGCGCUGCUCCCUCUGUGGUGUUGACAGUAGGCCUGUCAGCCAUUCGUAUCAAGAAACCUAUCAAGACCAAGUUCCGGCUGCCUGUCUUCAACUGGACAGCACUGAAACCCAACCAGAUUAGCGGCACUGUCUUCAGUGAACUUGACGAUGAGAAGAUCUUGGAGGAUCUGGACCUGGACAAAUUUGAAGAACUGUUCAAGACGAAAGCCCAGGGCCCUGCCCUUGACCUCAUCUGCUCUAAGAGCAAGACAGCACAAAAAGCUGCCAGCAAGGUGACCCUGUUGGAAGCCAAUCGUGCCAAGAACCUAGCCAUCACCCUCCGCAAGGCUGGCCGCUCGGCUGAGGAGAUCUGCAGAGCCAUCCACACGUUUGACCUACAGACACUACCAGUGGACUUCGUGGAGUGCCUGAUGCGCUUCCUGCCCACAGAGGCUGAGGUGAAGCUGCUGCGGCAAUAUGAGCGGGAGCGGCAGCCCCUGGAGGAGCUGGCAGCUGAGGACCGCUUCAUGCUGCUCUUCAGCAAGGUGGAGCGGCUAACCCAGAGAAUGGCCGGCAUGGCCUUCCUGGGCAACUUCCAAGACAACCUGCAGAUGCUCACACCGCAACUCAAUGCCAUCAUUGCAGCCUCUGCCUCUGUCAAGUCCUCUCAGAAGCUGAAGCAGAUGUUGGAGAUCAUACUUGCACUGGGGAACUACAUGAACAGCAGCAAGCGAGGAGCUGUGUAUGGCUUCAAGCUCCAGAGCCUGGAUCUGCUGUUGGAUACCAAGUCCACUGACAGGAAGAUGACACUGCUGCAUUUCAUUGCACUGACCGUGAAGGAGAAAUACCCAGACCUGGCCAACUUCUGGCAUGAGCUACACUUCGUGGAGAAGGCUGCAGCAGUGUCCCUGGAGAACGUGCUGCUAGAUGUGAAGGAGCUGGGCCGUGGCAUGGAGCUGAUCCGGCGGGAAUGCAGCAUACAUGACAACAGUGUCCUUCGGAAUUUCCUCAGCACCAACGAAGGCAAACUGGACAAGCUCCAGCGUGAUGCCAAGACAGCCGAGGAGGCCUACAAUGCAGUUGUGCGCUACUUCGGUGAGAGUCCCAAGACCACACCCCCUUCUGUAUUCUUCCCGGUAUUUGUCCGAUUCAUUCGUUCUUACAAGGAAGCAGAACAAGAGAAUGAAGCUAGAAAGAAGCAGGAGGAGGUAAUGCGGGAGAAGCAGCUGGCUCAGGAAGCCAAGAAACUGGAUGCCAAGACCCCGUCCCAGCGGAACAAGUGGCAACAGCAGGAGCUAAUUGCAGAGUUGAGGAGGCGCCAGGCCAAGGAGCAUCGGCCUGUUUACGAGGGGAAGGACGGUACCAUUGAGGACAUCAUUACAGGCCUCCACCGCCAGCCCAUUGUCGUUCGCCACCAAGCCAGGAGUGCCGCACCACCCAAUGGGCCCCCUCGGGCUCCAGGCCCCCACUAAGGCCCUCUUGGUGGCAGAAGCACUUCAACUCUCAGAGUCCUGCAAGUCCAACCUGUGGACCUGGAGCCCUGGAAUUGGCUGAGGGUGCAGCAGAGGGCUAUGCUGCUUUCAACCCAGCAUCCAUCCCAGCACUCAGAGCUGCACGUGCCUGAUGUCAGUGUGGGCACUGGGUCUUUUGGGGCCUGACACUCCCCUGGUGCCUCUAGUACUGCACUUUGCCCCUCCAGGGUCUUCUUUUCCUGAAAGGUCACCAAUGGUCAACUCAGGGCUGGGAAAAAUCAUUUCUAGCCUUAGCCUAUACUGGGGCCAGUAGGCCCUUGUCACUAGGCCAGAGGGACAAGAGGAGAAAGCAACUAUCCCUUCUUUUUCCCUUCCUUUUUGCAGCUCCAUGGUCAGCUGUGGUCUGGAAGUAUCCAGACUUAGGGAGUACCUUACCAGUCUCAGAUCAUCUUUUACCAGGAGCAAGGCCCACCUAAGCCUGGGCCCCACCCAGCUGUGCCCUGGUGAUAAGGGUAGAGGAAAGAUGCCACGCUUACUGCCCUUGGCCCUUUCCACUCUAGGCUGACUCUGUUCUUGUUGAAGUGAGCAGAAGGGUAGAGGUUUUCCCUGCCCCUGCCCCUGCUCCAGGAUAGCUAGAGAAAGGGUGUGACAUCAGCAUCCUCACUUCCUCUCCACUGCAAGGGUUUGUUUUGGCAGGGGGCAGGGGACAUGGUGGUCUUAGCUAUUUUCUUAGUCUCCUGCCAGUUUCUUCUCAGCCCCUGGAGGAGAAUACAGGGAGCCACUUCUUUUUGUACAUGUAUCACCUCCCUUCUCUCGUGUACAUAAAUCCCAGACCUUUUUUCUCUCAACAAAGGCUUGAAGCACCA